AUGCCGCCGCCGCAGCCACAGGGCCCGUGCAAGGCGCUGGCGGUGCUACUGGACCACGCGGGCUCCGUCUCCAGCCUCUUGCUCUGCGGGGAGUUCCUGCUCAGCGCGUCCAUGGGUGGCGACAUCGUGGCGUGGCAGCAGCCCGACCUGCGACGCUUCGCGUGGUUUGGCCACAGCGAGAACGGUGGCUCCAUCAAGGCGUUGGUGGCCGCGGGCGGGCAGGUCUACGCCGUAGGCUCCGACGGCCACGUCGCCGGCUGGGACCGCCUUGGCGGCAGGACCGCCGCGUGCUGGACCCUUGCGUGCGAUGUGAAGGCGCACGACAUGGCAGUGUUGUGCCUCUGCAUCGUCAGGGACCUGCUCUACACCGGCUCCGCCGACAAGACCAUCGGCCUAUGGCGCCGUCAGAGCGGCGACGAGCUGGCCAAGGUGGGCGUCAUUGGAGGCCACGAGGGCCCUGUAAAAUGCAUCCAGGCGUCCUGGUGCAGGCUCAGCAAUGGCUGCAUGGUCUACAGCGGGAGCCUUGACAAGACCAUCAGAGUUUGGUGGGUGCCCGGUGCUUUGCAGCAUGACAAUGGCAACGAGCAGCAGCAACAACAAGAAAAGAGCUUUAAAGGAUCAGAAUCAGAAUGA